UGUCAGCAACUUCACGAUGGCAGACGUUCAGUUUGCUCCUUUGCGGAGUCUGAGCGACUUUAUGCUGGAGUCAGCGCGCUUCCAGAUGCCAAACUUGAAUGACCCAGAUAAAUGGGCUAACAGGGUGAUGCACAACUUGUAUUACUUCCAGACAAACUAUUUCCUGAUGACAAUCAUAGUAUUCCUCGUCAUAGGGAUCCUACACCCAGUGAAGAUGGUGUGUGGAUUUGCAGCAAUAGCGGCGGCCUUUGGUGUGUUUGUUUACUGUACUAACAGUCAGUGGACGGCUCGCAGAUUCAAGAAAAACCACCCAGUAAUUAGUCUGAUCAUCAUUGUGGCAGCCGGCUAUCUGCUCGUGUACAUGUUUGGGGCUGUCAUUGUUUUCAUGUUCGGGAUUGCUUUUCCACUGUUGUUGACCUUGAUUCAUGCUUCCUUGAGAAUGAGAGGAUUAAAAAACAAAUGGACAAACAAACUGGAGACCGCGGGACUGAAGAGGACACCGAUGGGAAUUAUACUGGAUGGACUGGGACAGGAACAGGAAGUCACUAUGUAGAAACAGGAAGUGAAGGGCAUUGUGGGAACAGGAAAAGGAUGUCAGAGGAAUCAUGGAAGUUGGGCAUUCUUAACUUGUUUAUAAGGAGUUUAAGAUGUUUUGGGAUGGAGGUCAUUUAGUGUGAAGGUGAUAUUCAUACAAAGAGUUAAUUUUUUGCAUUUUUUUUUUUUUGGAUGUGUUUUCUCUUUUUGAACCUGUCAUUUUGCUUUGAAUUUAAGAUAUGAUUUUAUUGACAGUUUUACUGAGCAUAUGGUUUUUCAUGUCACCUUACUUUCUGUGAAGUUAGUUAUUAAAAAAUAUUUGGUGAAUAUUGUUGAUAAUCUUUAGUUAAGGUAUGAAGUCUUGCCCAAUUACACAAAAAUAAAUUCUAAUGCAAAUAAAAAUUUAGUUAUUUAGGAUGAUAUAGACUGUGUUCAGUGUAAGGACUAGAUCCAAACACCAAAAUUUGUUUGUAUUUUUUUUAAUGCCUUUUUUAUUGAUCUUUCAUUCUGUAUUAAAACAAGAUGUGUUGAUUGAGAGUUUUAUGAUUAAAUGGAGUUAAAUUAAAUUGAAUAUUAGUAUAAUGUCCAUUCUUUAGCAUGAUAUUGUUUAAAUUGUACAUGAAUGAAGUGCUGAAAUACUGAUGUAUACAUAUAAAUGUAUAGACAGUGCUAAAUGUAGGACCACACAUUAGGUUUGUGCCAUAAAGUUUACUGAAUGAGACAACAGCAGUCUGUAACUUAAAGAAGAACGAGCUUUUACAAAGAGAGAUAACUCUUUCAAUUUCUGGUAAGAGGGAUAACUCUUCAUUUUUUUUCUAAGAGAUAACUCUUAUGAAAAUCGGGUUCUUUUUCUGAAUUUUUUUUUAAAACAAUUAUAUGUCUUAAACCCUACUGAUAAUGCUUAUAUAUUUUUUUGCAUCACCAUUUUAUGUUAAGAGUUCUUCCCCUAUAAGGACUAAAAUUUUGUGUUCAAAUAGAAGUGGAUAUUGAAUGAUUUAUCACUCAUCAAUCUGUAAAUUAAAGAUUAUAUACUAAACAACCAACACAAUAACUCAAACUAAAUUCAGAUUUAAAAAAUGAAAAUUACAAAGCCAUUCUGUUGUCUCUGAUUUUGUUUUCCACUUAUAUAAAUAUGUAGUUUCAUGAUUUUUGAAAUAUUAUGCAGAAAGUGGAUGUUUCUUGUUCAUUAUUGCUUGUGGAAUUAUUUACUUACUUGUUUUGAUUGGGUAUUUUUAAUAUAUGUCAUAGCAUUCAAAAUAUUCAUGUUUCCAGUUUGAAAUUAUAACUGUUCAUAUAAUUUUUUUCAAAGGUACCUUUUAAAUAAAUGCAACUCAUUUUUUUUCUCAAGUUAACAGGAAGGGAGAAUGUGAAUGCGUUUUUGUAAUUUUUACCUAUGAUUGCAAAACUCUGAAUGAAAUUAAGUACUUGAAGAAAUAACUGUUGUAUGGUUUUAAAGCAUGUGCAAUAAUUCAUGAUAAUGACCAUGUUGAGAUUAAUCAAGUGUUAUAUAAUCUGUGUGAUACAAAUUCUACAUUGUAUUGUUUACUUUAUUCACAUUUUUUUAAAUGUAAAAACAAAUUAAAUACUUUUAUCAUUUUACAAUUUAUAGAAGAUAGCUGUUUCCUUAAGUGUGACUAUUCUGACUGAAAUCUUUCUUAAUUUGGUUAAAACAUUUUCAAAUUUUGCACCAUUGGAACUCUUUUGAAAUGGGAGGAAAAUUUAUCGCCCACAAUUACAUCAUGUGACAAGAGGACAAGGGAAGUAAAUGCAUACACAAUUUACAGAAUUUUAAAAGAUACUUAAUUGCAGAAGGAAAAUAAUAUUUUACCUUGGAUCAAUUUUAAUUCUGCAAACAUUAGUAAAGGCAUGUAGCAUGCAUUUGCACUUAACCUCACUGAUGUAGCAAGUCUGAAUGUGAAAUCACCAAAUGACACAUAAAAUUUACAGCCAAGUAAUUAUGUAAACAGAGAUUCCUAACAAAUAGUAUAAGAUAAAAAAAUAAGAUGAGGUAAGAUUUCAAAAUUCAAAUUCUGUUUAUGUAAGUGACUGAUAAAGUAUUACAGCUGUUAGGUCUGUAAACUCCUUGCCUGCCGAAGUCAUCCCAGUGCAUUAAAUUCACAAGAGAUUUUCUGCAAUUGCUAAUUCACUAUUAAUAUAAACACAAAAAUAUUGUAAAGAAGUAUUCCCAUGCCAAUUUUAGGUUACUUUUUCUGUUUCUUUUACAGAAGAUUUCUGACUGUCUAGUCUCCAAAUGUUUAAAACUGUUAAUCAUUCUUAAGAGUGAAAUUACUAUUCCUUAAAAAAAAAAUUGCAUCCUAUUCUUUUUGGCCAGGUGAAAAUGAUAAAUUCAGACUAUACAAAAAUUUGUACAUACAUACAUGUAAUUAUUAAGUCCCAUGAUAUUUAAGAAAAAUACAAAAAAAUUAUAUAUAAUUAAGUCCCAUGAUUUUCAGGAAAACCUAAACUAUUGACUGAGAGUGUGAGAUUGGAUGUUUAUUUUUCAGUUGCUUAGUUUGGUACAUGUAUGUCUGUGAUUGAAGAAUAUGUAUGGAUUAAUUUUGCUGAAAUCUAGGUUGUAUUUUUACUUCUUCCAGAUUACACUGUAGCUUGCAUUGUAUCUUUUAUCAGACAGAUUAUGCUUAAGAGGUUUAUCAGAUUGUUGCAUUUUGAUGUUCUGAUUUUGUGUGUUAAUGGCUUCCUCACAAAUGACAAAAACCAAUUCUCCAUUAAGUAGACUUGAGACACACCUGUAUAAACCACCUGUACUUGUCUUGAAUGAUUUUCUAGAAACAUUGGUGUUUUUUGUUGUGUACUUGUUUUAUUGGUCAUCUCUUGUAUUUAUCUCUAUAGAUGUGAGGUAAAAUCGUAUAACAACUUAAUAAAUCCAGUGAAUUUUU